CUGAAGGAGGAGAUGAAGCGCCAGAAAGAAGCUGCCGUCUUCAAAGCCCAACCCAGCCAGGUGCUACACCAGGAGCCUUUCCUUCCCAAGAAAGACAGCAAGCUGCUUUUAGCCCCCGAUCCCUUCGUGCUGGCCACCGAACUACGGGCCAAGGAGCGCCUGGACAAGCAUCUCUAUCCGGAGCAGGUGCACAAGGCCAACCCCAUCCGCAAAUAUGCCAACGUGGAAAUCAAGCCCAGCGACCACCCACUGACCGUGCCGCAAUCUCCCAAUUUCUCCGAUAGGUUUCAGCGUUGAGCCCUGACACCCGUCCGACUGCACACUCACAAACUU